AUGGUCAACAUCUUCGAGGUGUUCCUUCCCCAACUGUUGCGCUACCCCAAUCCCACGGAUCCCUUGAACGGCGAAGCUGCAGCCUUGAUGAUGAGGGAACCAAAGAGCUACGAAGCCAAGGUCAAGGGUGAGAACAAUUUUAUGUGUUUGACACAAAGAACACGACUAAUAUUUGUCANNGAAUACGUUUCCAAAUAUGCAUCAAGAGAAGCGGCCGAAGAUGCUGGCGAAGACUCGGACGAUGACGACGAGAUGAGCAGCGUAGGCAGUUUCGACUCUGGCGACGACGACGAGCCCGCGGGCAACAUGGACGAGAUCUGA